AUGCCCCUUAUGGAGAAAUACGAAUCGGAAGUGUCGUCCCAACCGAAGAAGGAGGUCACUGAGUCUCACUUUGACGAUGUUACUUCCCAAUUGUCUCAGAAUCGCUGGAUCAGAUGGAUCUACGACUUGGACAAAUUUGGGGUCGAGACUCGUGGGAUUGAGCGAGUGGAGCCGGAAGACCGGUCGCAAAAGCCUCUCUGGUACCAAUUCAUUCAUGUAAUGGGGGUGUGGUUUGCCUCUAAUAUUGGGCUCACGUCGAUGUCGCUGUAUUUCUUGCCCACAUUGAUGUUUGAUCUCAACUUGAGAGACUCGUUGGUGCCUGGGUUGAUUGGCAUGUGGAUAGGCUGUCUUGUCCCCGCCUACUGCUCAACCAUGGGUCCUCAGUCUGGAUGUAGACAGAUGGUGGGUGCCCGUUUCUUGUUCGGUGAAUGGGGGGUGAAGUUUGUGUCGUUAAUUGCCAUUGUCGGAGGUGUGGGGUGGUCAGUGGUGAAUUGCGUUGUUGGAGGCCAGGUUCUUCGGGCUGUGGGUGACGAAAAUGUUCCGUUGGCAGCCGGGAUCAUUGUUAUUGCCGUUGUCUCUUUAAUUGUGGCCGUGUUUGGUAUCCGCGUGCUUAUGAAGUUCCAAACAGCGUUGUCAAUUCCUUGUGUUGUGGCGGUGAUUUUGUACUACGUGGUGGUUUGCAAACAGCUCAGUUGGAUCAGUGUCACCAACGCCACCAUUGCUGAAACCAACCCCAACGGCUCUAGCUUCACUACCCGUGGCCAAUGGCUCUCGUUCUUUGCCAUCAGUUACUCCGUCACCGGGACGUGGGGGCUGGGGGCCUCUGAUUUCUAUAUUCUUUUCCCCGAAGACACCCCGAAGAUUGCGACGUUCUUUGUAACGUUUUUGUCUAUCGGCAUGCCGACGACGCUUGUCGCCGUCGUCGGCUCCCUCAGUGGUGCCAUUGCCUACUCCUACAAGCCUUGGGGGGAUGCCUACGAAAACGUUGGUGUCGGUGGUAUCAUCGAUGCGGCGUUUAGUCCCUGGGGGAGAUUCGGCAAGUUCUGCCUGGUGUUGCUCUACAUUUCCCUCAUUUGCAAUAACAUCAUGAACACUUAUUCGGUGGCGUUCGAAUUCCAGCUUAUCGAUAACCGCCUCCGCUACGUACCCCGGUGGUGCUGGGCGGUGUUGGUGAUGGCGGUGUACUUGGUGCUUCUGUUGGUCGGCCGCAACGUGUUCUCCGAUAUCAUCAGUAACUUCUUGCCAAUGCUUGGGUACUGGGUGUCCAUGUACAUCGUGUUGCUUUUGGAAGAGAACUUAUUGUUCAGAAAUCGAUCCCAGAAGCAUCUACACUCAGCAGAGUUUGUCGACCCGGGGCUGGAGAAGUACUUGUACAACUGGACGGCGUGGAAUCGUCCUCGGGAGAUCACUUGGGGGAUUGCCUGUUGUUUAGCUUUCUGCUGUGGGGUGAUUGGUGCCGUCGCGGGGAUGAAUCAAGUGUAUUGGGUGGGCUGGAUUGCUCGCAAGAUCGGCGACCAUGGUGGUGACAUCGGGGUGUUUUUGCUGAUGGGAUUUACUGGGGUUGUGUACCCGCCAUUGCGGUAUCUUGAACUUCGCAAGUUCAGAAAGUGA